CCUGACUGACAGAGUAGACCAUAUCUUCAAGCAAGACCUUGCACUGCUGAAUACAUCUGGUCAGGUCCGCGAGGCUGCACCUUCACCCUCAUCAUCAUAUUCUCACCAUGACAAAGCUUGCCUUGCAGAUCAAGGCGCAAAUGGAGAAUGUGAAGGACCUUCGUCCAUCUACAGAUGACUAUAUACUGAUGGUCAAGACAAAGUGCAUCUCGUGUCGUGAGGAACAUCCUAGGUUGGUGGGAAUCAAGCCUGGGUCCGAGCUGGAGAUGACCAAGCAGGGGGCGAGGGGCACGACGGAUUUGGUGAUGAAGUGCCAGUUCUGCAAGAGGGAGUCGUCUGCAAAGUUCGAAGAGCCAACACCAAAGACCCCCUGGUGGAGGCCGUAUAGCAUGUCGGAGGAUGGAGUGGCAGAGUGGCAGACGCUGUGUGUGGUAGAUGCUCGUGGUAUGGACUUGGUGGGGUGGGAGGCAGAGGGUACGUGGGCUUGCACCGCGUCAGAGUCGGGCACAAAGUUCGAAGAGGUGGAGUUCGACGAUGGCACCGAGUGGACCGACUACGACGAGAAGGGCGAGGUGCCGGUGAGCAUCAUGGAGCUCGAGGGGCGGUGGGUGAGAGCUUGAGCAGAGGGUGUGUCAUGCAUUCACUCUCUGCCACAUCAUAUCCGUCUUUCCAAGA